UCCGUUAACUGAAACUUGCCUUGCGAUGUCACUAUGUUUUGUUUUGUUCUUUUUAAAUUCCCUCUGAUCACAAAACUCAUGCUCUCAUGCUCUCUGUAAUUGAUGUCGAAAAUUCUCCAAUUAACCAAGAAUUUCGAUCCUCUCUCUUCUCUACCGCGAAACUAUAUAUUACAUAUCAUUCUUACUUGGUUUGAAGAUUGCUGUACAUGUCCCAGAGGAUUCCACUUGUUAUUGGUCCAGUUGUCAGUUUCUCAGUGGAUGGGGUAUUGAAGAAUAAUUAACUGUUCCUAUAACUGCAAGCAGCAGAUUUGGAAAUUGUAGAUUUCAUUUGGUAAGAACUAAGAAGCCUGCAAAUGAAAUUGGACAACACUAACCAUCCACAAUUAGAUUCUAGUAAUUGUACGACAUCGUCUAAAGCUUGGUUGAAUGGUAUUGGGAACACUUUUUUCUUCUCAGAUGUGUUAGAGGAAAGCAUGACGAAUUUGUGGACAUCAAAAUACAAGGAUGGUGGUUUUGAGGGCAAAGCUAGCAAAUCACAAGCAGCUAAAUAUCAGGUUGAUGAGGGACUCGAUGCUUAUAAAGAAAUACAGUUCACUGUAUUUCCACAAUUGGAUGGAAAAUGUGGUGAAGAACAUCAACAUCCUCAGCAUUCUGUAUCUUUUAUGUCCCCCACGAUGGUGGAAUACCUUGCACCACCUACUCAACAAGAACAUGUUAGCCACUCAUUUGUCCAUUCUCAUUGUUUUGGAGCCUAUCCCACUAGAAUGGUGUUGCCUCUUGAAAUGACAGAAGAACCUGUUUAUGUAAAUGCCAAGCAGUAUCAUGGCAUUCUAAGGCGAAGACAAUCACGUGCUAAGGCUGAACUGGAAAAGAAACUGAUUAAAGUUAGAAAGCCUUACCUUCAUGAGUCUCGACAUUUACAUGCCAUGAGAAGGGUAAGAGGUUGUGGAGGCCGUUUUAUAAACACUAAGAAGCUUGAAAACGGUGCUGCUAACACCACAUCUGAUAUGGUCAACAGCUUCAGUGAAACUGUUCCAAAACCUUCAACAAACUCAUCAUCAGCUCACUCUUCUAAGAAUGCCGAUCCAUCGGCAGGUAAUGCUGCAAUAGAAUCCCCACAACUGACCUACACUAGUGGCAAUGGUAAUGGGUGCUACCAAUCCUUUCUUGGAUUUCAAUUGUCAUCGUAUCACUCUCAAUCAGAUAGUAUGGUGGAAGAAAGGGAUUGCAACAUGAAAGAAUUAUGGUAGAUUUGAGCCUUGCAUAGGCCGUCACCAGCACUAAACCUUCCUUGGUUCCUUGGUAUCCAACAUUGCCAACUGUAGUAAAGUGUCUACAAAACUUGGAGAAAGGGAAGGUAUUCCACUCUGCAUUGCAUGUACUACUUAAUGCACUUGUUUGCAUCCCAUAGAAGAUGUUUCUUUCUUACCGAUUGGGUUUUGUAUAUAGUUGGAAAAGCUGGAAGUGUUAACCUUGGUCACAUAUGCAGGAUCCAAGAUUUAUAUGUUUUGUGCUUGCAGGCUAAUCAUUCUUGGCUUUGCCACUGGUAACAGAUAGGGUAUUUCUGGUUUUGCUUAUUUUUUAGUUACGUUUACGUUUAUGGUGGAUGUGUUAUAAGAAAGUGAAGACGAUUAGAUCUAAUAUUGAAGCUUUUGUAGAAAUAUCAUGGAAGUUUUUGGAUGUUUUGGUUU